ACGUUCAUUUAGCCCUUUCAUUUUCUUCACGCGCUCUCUGCAUUCUCUCUCUUAGGUUUUUACUCUCUCUCUCUAAGUUGAUGGCGGAGGUACAGAACGGAAGUGGAGCUGAGGAGAAGGCCUCUACUGUGGCUUUUACGGCGGUGAAGCCAUGGCUGGUGGUGGAUGCGCCGAAAGCCAGCGACGCCGUGCAGUUUUACAAGACUGCCUUCGGAGCUGAGGAGCUGAGCCGCCUUAUGAACCCCAAGAGGAAGGCUGAUCAUGAGAUUCCACUUGUUCUAUCUGCUGAACUCAGGAUCGGCUCCGCCAUUAUUGUUGUAUCUGAUCUCAUUGACGACUCGUCUGCUACGGUCAAGUCUGCAGUAACCGGAGGUGUGAUCUGCCUUGAGACUGAGGACAUCGAAGCUGCCUUGGCCCAGGCUGUAGACGCGGGCGCCACUACGGAAGGAGAGAUCUCCGAGGGUGAAGACGCCUGCUGCCGCGGGCGCGUGGGCAAGGUGAAAGACCCCUAUGGUAAUAUCUGGCUUAUCUGCUCUCCCUCGAAGAAAUGCGCCGACGUGGAAGCUUAAGAACCCUCUGAUGUUUAAUCAAUUAACUUGCAUUACUUUUUGAAGUCUUGUUUGUUUCUAUUUUGUCUCCAGUCAAACUUGGUUAACUUUUGGAACCGUUAAUGGGAGUGGUAUUAGUAUAUCAUGUAUUGGUGAGGGAUUUUGUUGGAUUAUGUGACCUUUAAUCUGACAGCUGGCAGUUAUGUGCUGACUAAGGUUUUAUUAUGGGUGGGAGUAUUUUCGUUUUAA